GGAAAAGAACAGAAAAAAAUUCGACAACACGCGAAUCACGAAAAAUACCCGACCUUAAUUCGAGAAUCAUGAAUGCACGCAAUUUUCCAAGCGGAAUUCAAGUUAAUCUCUCUCGGGUCAUAUUACAGGACGUCCUUUCUCAGGAGGUGGCAGAGGUGGAUGAUGGCGGACGGGAAGACUAAAGGUCGAUGUCUGCGUUGGCUUGUCCUAGGAAAGAAUGCGGUAUGCCUUUACGCUAAAGAGGAACGUAGAACCGGAGGUGGACUGAAGAAGAGCCGUUAUCACUCUCCGCUGACUCUGGGCUUCCCGAAGCUCAUCAAGAAAACAUCGAGCGGCGCGUAUUAUCACAUCGGACGGAAAAUGAAAAGGGGGUUGUCCGAUUUCGUAUGACAGCGAGCGAGAAGAUGAGGUUGAUCUCUCCUCAGGGUGCCCCGAAGACAAUUCGACGAAGAUAGCUAUUGAGAGAAAGAGAGAGAUAGAGAUAGAGAGAGAGAUAGAUAGAUAGAUAGA